GGCCAGCGGGAUGUGGAGGGGACUGCUCUCCCCUCACCUGGGAGACAGGCUGAGCGCCUUGGGCCCGAAGAACCCGUUCUAGAAGGCCUCCUCGCCGGUUCCUCCGCUUCCUCCCACCCUCCUCCCGCCGCAUCCCUGGCACAGGUCGUUCCAUUCUGGCCUCUCCACUUUCCAAAUCUGUGGCCAGCACCCCUCCUGCUCCCAUGCAGCCUCUGGCAUCCAUCUCCCGCCAGUUCUUAUGGUCUUUUCUCUUAGGAGUCAAUAGGGAUGGGGGUAACAUAUUUGCUGAAAAAACGUGUAAAGGAGAAAGGUAUGGAGACCAGGGACUGACCAAUUUGUCUCACACAAAAGCAGAGAUAUUAAGGAGGCCGGAUUUCACCCCAGGCUAGACCUCACCACCACCGCUAUCUCUUCAGUUAUUUCCCCCACCUUCCUCAUCCAGUUCUGUCCUCCAUCCCGGGCAGUAGGGUCCCUUUCUCCAUUCUCGGGGCAUCUGCCAUUCCACCUAUCUAAGCCCAACCUCUCCCCCCAUCCAGAGUUCCAUUCAGUGGAGUCGCCUCCUUGUCCCUCCUCCUCUGAACCCCGAGACAUGCGAGACAUGCGGCCUUGUCUUGGCUCCACCUGUCUCUAAGACCGUCCCCCCUCCCUGCCUCCAAGGAACCCCAGGGUUCCUCCCGCCCAGCUUCACCACCCCCACCUCUUUCCCGGAGUCUCCGCCCCCUGCCCCGCCCCCGGGCCGGCUCUGGGAGGAGGGGAGAGCUGCUGUCGCCGCCGCCGCCUCAGCUUCCCACAGCCGCUACCGCUGCCGCCGCUGCCGCCGCUCCGCUUGGUCCAGCCGCCAGGCCCAGUGCUCACUUCGCCAGACCCGGGCGCUCUGCGGAGACACCCUCACUCCUUCCUGGGGUCCGGGACGCCUAGCCGGGCGUGGGGGGAAGCUCCGCUUGCGGGGUACAGGGAGGGAGGAGCCUGGAACCGGAGCCAGCGCCAGCCGUCCCCGGAUCGACAAGACAGGACAGGUUGAGGGGCGUCGGGGAAGGAAGAGGGGGUGCUAUAGGCAGUCCCGGGGAGGACAAGGAAGCCCUGUCGCAGAAAGCUCUGAUGCACUCUGACUUAUAGCGGGUCUGUUCACAUUUGGGGACCCGUGACAACGUGGGUGCACUCCUCUCUCGGGGGGCUGGUUGGAUUGGAGGGCGUGGGAUCUAAACAGCACCAGCUGUCCCCGGGGAAAUUAGGGGCUGCCAGAAAAAAACAAAAAAGCCAAAAACCUAUGCUCCUUAUUCCGAGGUGACAGAGGGCCCUCCAGACAACCACCUGGUGUAACCACUAGGAAGGGCGGAUUUGGAGGUGACUUCAAAAGGAGUGGAGGGUAACAAGCUACCUCGCCAGUCCGCCCCUCCGUGCGCCCUCCUCCCGUGACCUGCACUUCAAGAAGGGAGCUGGGCACUCCCCCAUGACCGCCUACGCGACUCCGAAACCGGGUCCCACGGGCUCAGGGGACCCUCUGCCGCGAGCAACUCAGACAACACUACACGGCUGGAUACCCGCACGGAGACUGGGGGUCGUACCAUCUACGAGGGGGUACCGGGAACUCGGCCGCAAGCGCCGGGGGAGGAGAGUUGUGAGGCAAUGUUUCUGGGAACAGAGAUGUCAUGUUCCAAGAUGAAUGUCUCCUUCUCCAGAGCCUCAGCUCAAAGGCAUCGUCACCAAACUGUUCUGCUGCCAGGGUUUCUACCUCCAGGCGAAUCCCGACGGGAGUAUCCAGGGCACCCCAGAGGACACCAGCUCUUUCACCACAUUUCACAGCUGAGUGUCGCUUUAAGGAGUGCGUCUCUGAGAAUUACUAUGUCCUGUACGCCUCUGCUCUCUAUCGCCAGCGUCGUUCUGGCCGGUCCUGGUACCUGGGCCUGGACAAGGAGGGCCGAGUCAUGAAGGGAAAUCGAGUCAAGAAGACCAAGGCAGCCGCCCACUUUGUGCCCAAGCUCCUGGAGGUGGCUGUGUACCGGGAGCCUUCUCUCCACAGUGUCCCUGAGACCUCCCCUUCCAGGCCCCCUGCCCCCUGCCAUGCAGUCCCCGGACUGGAGGCUCCCUGCCCUCGCCACCACCACGGCCUGUCUCCCAGCCCUGCUUCUGGCCCUGCUCUCACCCCUGCUGCCACGCUCAUGCCCUGAGCAGCCAGGUCCCACCAGGUGCUCUACCCAGAGGGAGCCUAGGGGCCGGCCGUGACUUCCGGGGCUGCUGAGACCCUCAGAUCCUUGGGCCCGGGAAAGGGGUCAGAGAGGGGGAUGUCUGAAAAUGGUCCUGGCUGAUCACUUCUUUCCUUCCACACUCACACCCUCCAAAGCCUUUUCCCGAGAUGGCGCGGGGGGUUCCAAAACUGACAAAGCCAGGGCAUAAAUCUUCUGCACCCCGGGCUCAGCCAGUUCCUGGAGCCCUUUGCCCUUUUCAUGGCCACCAAGCCAUAGAUUUAUAGGUCCACUGGAGCUCAGGAUUAGUUUCCUUCUUUCCCUACUCCACCUUUUGCCUUGUUCCAGACAGGUUCUGGAACACCAGGCACCCCAGCCAGGGCCAUUUCUGCACUCAGGGUCUGUGCUGGAACACAGGCAUGCUGCCAGGCUCUGUUCUGGAUCCAUCAGGCUUCUGUCCUUCACCCAGAUGGACCCCUGGUUUCCAAGUGGAGAGAGGCUGGAUUUGGGCCCUGUCCAGCUGUUGGUCUUGGCCUGAAUUGAGCCAGUCUCAGAUCACCACAGGUUUAACUUUCUUACCCCAGAGACACCCAAUUCUAGAGCGUGAUGUUCUAGACACGUACGGAGCCAUACUUCCUUCUGAAUCUCAGCUCUAGGACAUAGACCACGACUCUCAGCCCUUCCCUCUAGGAUGGAACUAGAGCCUAUAUAGCCAUGUUAUUGCUCUAGAGUAAGAGUUCUAGACCCACGCUCCCACCUUCUCUAGUGAUACCUGUUAAGCAGGAGCUCUGGAAAGGACACAGCUAUGAUUCACAAAGAACUAAGUUCUGGAUGGAUCAAGAACCACUUCUUGUUUUCCCUAGACAAUUUUCCAAAAAUCUUAUUCUUCCUAUAGAAUGCUAACCUUAUUUUUUACAUGCAGUUUCUAGCUCCUGCAACUCAGCUGGGGUCCUGCCAGGGAACAGAGGCUGAGGAAGGGCAGAGGAAUUUUGGAAGGAAUCCCUGGCUCAUAGAAGGGCAGCUAGGAUGGGGAAGGGGCCAGAACUAUGGCAUGACUGGACCUGUGCCUGGGUUGGGGGGACGUGAACACUUAGCUACCUCAGCAGGAAUUCCUUCCAGGUCCCCUUUAAAGCUGAGGUCUUUAGGGUAAUGGGUCUAGAAUCAAAAAGACAAAUGGGACAUAGCUUUGACCUCCCCAAAUGAGGAGACCCCAAUUCAGCAAUAAGUCCCACCCUUCUCCCCUACGGGUCAGGCCAAGGAGGGUGAGGGCCUCUUGGUCUCUAGACCUCAUACACCCCUCCAGCUUCUAACUGAACAGAACUUGCUUUACCUCAGCUGGAUGUCAGGUACCCAAAAAGGCUCUGCUCCCAGGGGACCGGUCUCCACUCCAUGCUUUCUCAAUUAAAGACGAUUUAUACAA